AUGGGGGCAUUGACGGCUGGCACGCCCCCAUCGACGCACCGGCCUCCCCGGACGUCCGGCUACGACCUCGAUUCGCUCUUAGCCGUGGCUGUAAAGGUGUUCAACGACGCGCGGCCGACGGCGCCGCAUGAGGUGCUCGCCAAGAAGCUCAGCAUCACGAAGUCCUCGAUCUACUACCACGUGUCCGGCAAGUCGGAACUUCUCGAACUCGCACUUUCGCGUCACUCAACGCCCUGUUUGCGGUCACGACCGAAGAAGGCGCCACCACCGGUCCGUACAUCGACCGGCUCAAAUACCUGGUCCGGCGCAGCG